CUGAUGCCGAUAUUUUCCAGUCCGAAGAGGCAACCAGCUCAUCGGAAAUGAAUCCUGCUGGACUUAAUAUUUCUGGAGCUGCAGACGAUGCGGACGACGUCGAUUCGACUUUUAGUGAAGAUGAGUCGUCCAGUGCCUCGUUAGCCGACGAGGUAGAAGAUUAUAGGAUAAUAAAAAACAGAAGAUAUCACAGUAUCAACGAGUUCACUGGGGAAACGAAAUACUGGGGGUGUAACGACGAUAAACAGAAUAUGGUGCAAGAAUGGACCCAUGAAAUGUUCUUAUGCAUUCUUAGUGGAGAGCUUCAUUUAGCACCACUUUCAGAUAAUGCAGAGAAAGUGCUAGAUAUUGGAACUGGAAUCGGAUGCUGGGCCAUAGAUUUUGCUGACAAGCACAAAAAUGCAGUUGUUAUUGGUACCGAUAUAUCACCAAUACAGCCACAAUGGGUGCCACCAAACCUCAAAUUCUGUAUCCAAAAUAUUUCUCACUGGAAUUUCUCGAAUAAUGAUAUCGAUUUUGUUCAUUGCCGCUUGCUAAACGGCUGCAUUCCUGAUUGGUAUACCUACUUUCAAAAGGUAUAUGGAAGCCUCAAGCCUGGUGGCUGGUUUGAGAGUCACGAAAUUUCGCCACAUAUUCGCAGUGAUAACGAUUCUGUUCUUGGAAAUAGCGCUAUGUCUCGAUGGGGGUCUCUUUUCGUAGAUGGAGGUAAAAUAUUAGGCCAACCAUUUGACAUUGUGGAGCAAGGCGUCCAAAAGGAGGCAAUGGAGGCAGCCGGAUUCAUUAAUAUACGAGAGGAAGUAUAUAAGAUUCCAAUUGGUGGAUGGCAAGCGAAUAAAGACUUACAAUCAAUCGGAACCUUGAUGAAAAAUGCUUUAGAAACUGACUUGGAAGGCACAAUGCUCUUUAUGGCUGUUAUGCUGGGAUGGUCCGAUGCUCAGAGAGAUACAUUUGCUAAAGAGCUACGACAUGAACUUCAAUCAAACGAUCUUCAUGGAUAUUUCUAUGGAAAAAUCGUCUCGGGUCAAAAGCAGGUCACUCCCUGAUAAGUCUUCAAUAAAAAUAGUAAAUCUACUACUGGCGUCUUGUAUUCGCAUUUACAAUUUUCUAGUUCUGC